UCAACUUUUGUAUUGGGUUCCUUCGGAGAAAAUGAGGAACACAUAUCAUGAAGGGAAGCUGUUGGCAAUGGUGGCUUUCACCAUUGCUGCUGCCAUUCUCCAAUCUCAUGCCGCCAUUCCACACAUCAAUAAUUCUCAACAAUUAUCUGCGCAGAUUCACAACAAAUUAAAGCUUCUCAAUAAGCCUGCCCUCCACACCAUCUACAGUAAAGAUGGAGAUAUCAUCGAUUGCGUUGACAUUUACAAGCAGCCUGCUUUUGACCAUCCUGUUCUAAAGAAUCACACCAUUCAGAUGGAACCCAAUUCGGGCGUCCAUUGGAAGAUGUCGGUUGAGCAAAACGAGGCGUUUCAAGUAUGGCAAAGAAGUGGGAGUUGUCCCAAUGGAACCAUUCCAAUUCGCAGAGUUCGUGAACAAGACUUAUUAAGAGCCAAUUCUCUUGAUAGCUUUGGAAAGAAAUUUCCUUAUGGAAGCUCCAAACUCGGGAAAGAAGUCAAUCGUUCUACGGCAAUCCUGUAUACGGCAGGGUUCAAUUACAUUGGCGCCUCAGGACAGAUUAAUGUUUGGAACCCUAAAGUUGAUUUGUGGAAUGAUUUCACGGCUUCAAGAAUUUGGUUGAAAAAUGGGCCUUCUGAAAAAUUUGAAAGCGUUGAAGCGGGUUGGAUGGUUAAUCGGAGGUUAUAUGGAGAUACAAGAACUCGUCUUAGUGUACAUUGGACGGCGGACUCCUACAAAUCGAAAGGGUGCUUUGAUUUGACUUGCAGUGGGUUUGUCCAAACGAACCCGAAAGUGGUGCUUGGUGCAGUUAUUGACCCAUUGUCAACCAGAGGUGGACAACAGUUCACUAUCACGGUCGGUAUCUUUCAGGAUCCUAAGUCAAGCAACUGGUGGCUUAACGUGCAAGGGUGGCCAGUGGGGUAUUGGCCGCCGACGCUAUUUGGAUACUUGCGCAACAGCGCAACGCUGGUGGAAUGGGGCGGGGAGGUGUUUAGCUCAAACAUAAAGAAAGUGCCACACACGGGGACGGGCAUGGGGAGCGGAGAUUAUGCAGGUGAGCAUUACAAGUACGCUAGCUUCGUGAGGCAGCCAAGGAUCGUGGACUAUUCGCUACAGUUGAAGUAUCCGGUGAGAGUUGGAAGUUGGGCUGAUGAGUAUUCUUGCUACUCUGUUGAUAAUUAUCGACCUACACUCACAUCUGAACCUGUUUUCUUCUAUGGCGGUCCUGGACGCAGCCGUGACUGCCAUUGUAAAUCGGAAGCUAUAUGGAGAUACAAAAACUCGACUGAGGGUACAUUGGACGUGGGUUUGUCCAAACGAACCCCAAAGUGGUACUGGGUGUUGUCAUUGAUUCCAUAUCAACCCGAGGUGGACAACAAUUCAUUAUCUCUGUCGGUAUGUUUCAGGAAAAAUAAUAACUUUUGUGUUGGGUUUGUUUCGGGAAAAAUGAGGAACACAGAACAUGAAGGGAAGCUGUCGGCAAUGGUGGCUUUCGCCAUUGUUGCUGCCAUUCUCCAAGCUCAUGCAGCCAUUCCAGAGAUGAAUAAGUCUCAACAAUUAUCUCGACAGAUUCACAAGAAGCUAAAGCUUCUUAAUAAGCCUGCCCUCCACACCAUCUACAGUAAAGAUGGAGAUAUUAUCGAUUGCGUUGACAUUUACAAGCAGCCUGCUUUUGACCAUCCAGCUUUAAAGAACCACACCAUUCAGAUGAAACCCAAUUGGGCUGUCGAUCAGAAGAUGGUAACGGCCCAAAACGAGUCGUUUCGAUCCAAUCUAUUUCAAGUAUGGCAAAAAAGUGGGAGGUGUCCCAAAGGAACUAUUCCAAUUCGUAGGGUUCGUAAAGAAGACUUACUAAGAGCCAAUUCUUUCAAAAACUUUGGGAAGAAAUUUCCUAUUGGAGGUUCCAAACUUGGGGUGGAAGUCAAUCGUUCUACGGCGAUCUUGGUUACACUCGGGUACAACUAUAUUGGCGCGACUGGAGAAAUUAAUGUUUGGAACCCUGUAGUUGAUUUGCCAAAUGACUUCUCAGCUUCAAAACUUUGGUUGAAAAAUGGGCCUUCGGAAAGUUUUGAUAGCGUAGAAGUUGGCUGGACGGUAAAUCCGAGGCUAUAUGGAGAUACAAGAACUCGACUCAACAUAUAUUGGACAGUGGACUCCUACAAGUCGACAGGGUGCUUUGAUUUAACUUGUAGUGGGUUUGUCCAAACAAACCCUAUGGUGGGACUUGGUGGAACCAUCGAACCCAUGUCAUCAAUUUCAGGUGGACAACAGUUCAUUAUCGCCGUUGGUAUCUUCCAGGAUCCUCAAUCAGGCAAUUGGUGGCUAAAGGUACAAAAUCAGCCAGUGGGGUAUUGGCCGCCAACGCUAUUCGGAUACUUGAGCCACAGCGCGACGCUGGUGGAAUGGGGCGGAGAAGUGUUCAGCUCAGAAUUAAAGAAAGUGCCGCACACAGGGACGGCCAUGGGGAGUGGAUAUUAUGCAGGGGCGCGCGCCUACUACGCUAGCUUUGUGAGCAUGCCGAGGAUUGUAGACUAUUCGCUGCAAUUGAAGUAUCCAGAGAGAGUCGGAACAUGGGCUGAUGAACCUACUUGUUACUCCGUUGAUAAUUUUCAAGAAACCUACACUAGUGAACCUGUCUUCUUCUAUGGCGGUCCUGGUCGCAGCCGUGACUGCCAUUGAUAUCAUUUAGGCUUCUCGUGGGUUAAUAAUGGGGAAAUUUUCUUUUGCUAAUAAAUUGAAAGGCAACAAAAUAAAUUUA